GGAAGACUCAUAUCAACUGCACAGUGUAGUGUAAGACAUCUCAAUUUCCACGAAUUAAGAAAAAUGAACACCCUACUUCUACUACUUUCUCUUUCAAUUAUCCCUUUAGCCCUAUGUAUACCCAAUCCCUCAAGAUUCUUAGCAGGUUCAUCGCCAUCUCCAGUUCUUGACAUCAAUGGCGACAAAGUUCGAGUUGGUUCCAACUAUUUCGUUCUUCCAGUGAUCCGAGGAAGAGGCGGCGGACUCUUACCUUCCAACGUUAAGCAAAUCAAUACGUGUCCUAGGGACAUUAUCCAAAAUUCCGAUGAGGUCCAACAAGGCUUGCCUGUGGUUUUCACACCUUUUGAUGCCAAAAAAGGUGUUGUUCGUCUUUCAACUGAUCUUAACGUCAGGUUUUAUACUCCAACUAUUUGUGCAAGAGAAACUAUUUGGAAACUUGGGACCUAUGAUGACAAGUUGAAGCAAUAUUUCAUAGUGACUGGUGGAGUUGAAGGAAACCCAGGGCCUCAAACUGUGAGCAGUUGGUUUAAAAUUGAGAAACUUGGAACGGAUUACAAGUUCCUAUUCUGUCCAAGUGUGUGCAAGAUUUGCAAGGUUAUUUGCAAAGAUGUUGGUAUAUACACUAAGGAUGGAGUCAGGUUUUUGGCUCUCAGUGACACUCCCUUCAGGGUUAUGUUCAAGAAGACUUUCUAAUUUAUCCUGCUUUUUUCUCCAGUUUCAUGCUUACUUGGGAGCUUUAUUUUCCAAUAAUUAAUGUUUUACUUUUCUAAUGUAAUCUUGCUUGUGUUCGUUAAUUGGAACAUCAGUCUUCUCAGAUUUUGAAUAAAUAGUAGUCUGCUUCAUAUAA